UAUAAAAAAGGGAAAUGAAUGGGCGGCAGUGACAGCGAGGAGCAAAAAUGGGUUGCACCACUUUUAACCCAUUCAUCAAUUUGAAUAUGGCAGCGCCGCCGUCGAUGUCGAUGUCGAUGGCCACGGCCACUUCAACUUCACCUUCAACUAACGCGUCUCCAUAUUCAGUUUCAGUUUCAGUUUCAGUUAAUCAGCGCCAACUUUGUUUGGCUUCUCACUAUUACUCUCAUUCUGCCUUUCGUCUCCGUUCCUCUGGGUUUGCCUUUUCCCGAUCCCCAAACGCCCCCUUUCCUAUUCCUAUGAUUGUUAAGGCGAAGUCGAAGUCGGAGUCGGAGUCGGAGCGGCUCCAGAUUAUGAUUUCCGGGGCUCCUGCUUCUGGUAAGGGAACCCAAUGCCACCUUAUCACCAACAAAUACGGUUUGGUGCAUGUUGCUGCUGGAGAUUUACUCAGGGCAGAAAUUGCAACAGGAAGUGAAAAUGGAAAGCGAGCCAAAGAAUAUAUGGAGAAGGGACAGUUAGUUCCUGAUGAAAUUGUUGUCAUGAUGGUCAAGGAACGUCUCUUGAAGCCAGAUUCUAAAGAGAAUGGUUGGCUUUUGGAUGGGUAUCCCCGGAGCUUAUCACAGGCUACUGCACUUAAGGAACUUGGGUUUGAACCUGAUAUUUUUAUUCUUCUAGAGGUCUCUGAAGAUAUUCUUGUGGAGAGAGUCAUUGGACGGAGGUUAGAUCCUGUUACUGGGAAGAUAUAUCACUUGAAGUAUUCUCCUCCAGAGACAGAAGAAAUUGCAGCAAGGCUUACCCAACGUUUUGAUGAUACUGAAGAAAAGGUAAAAUUGCGAUUGAACACCCAUCAUCAAAACGUGGAUGCAGUCCUUUCAAUGUAUAAAGAUAUAACUGUUAAGAUUAAUGGAAAUGUCUCCAAGGAGGAAGUAUUUGCUCAAAUUGAUAGUGCACUGACAAAUCUUUUAGAACAAAGGAAGGCUGCUUCAGGUUCUGUGGCAGCAUAGAAUAGCAUCUUUAACAUUUUGACCAAGCAUUGUGCCUAGCUGGAGGUAAUGGAUUUUAUGCGAUUUUAUUUAUUGAGUUAAAAGAAGACUUCACGCAAAAUGAGCUGCAUUUUCUCGUAAAAAUUGAUCCGUUGAAAAGAAAUUGUCUCACGGCUUUAUAUCCCUUAUGGAAAGCAAUGUGAUUGGCUUCGACCAUGCCUGAGGACCUGUGAUUUUAUUCAAAGAAAAUUAUUCCUUUAAAAUCGUUUUUAUGCAAUUACUAGCUUGUUUAGUGAAUUAUCGUUUGUCGGGCUCCUAUUACUGCUUGGUCGGUUUGUUGUGUCUUUACCAUUUUCUGUAUAUUAUUAUUUGAUUAUUGAAAAUCAUGUAUUGGAUCUACCAAAACAAAAGCAGGAAAAUAAUCUAUUCUA